CGGCCCAUUGCGACGGGGCGGUGGCGGAAGUGACGCGGGGCGCGGGCGCCCGGCGGCGCGGGAUUCCGCCGGCGCUGUUGCUGGGCGAUGAACAGCCGCCUGCAGGAGAUCCGGGAGCGGCAGAAGCUGCGGCGGCAGCUCCUGGCGCAGCAGUUAGGAGCUGAAAACGCAGACAGUAUUGGUGCUGUGUUGAACAGUAAAGAUGACCAGCGGGAAAUUGCUGAAACAAGAGAAACUUGCAGGGCUUCUUAUGAUACGUCUGCACCAAAUGCAAAACGCAAAUAUCCAGAUGAGGGAGAAGCUGAUGAAGAAGAGAUUGAAGAAUAUAAAGAUGAAGUAGAGCUGCAGCAAGAUGAAGAGAACCUACCGUAUGAAGAAGAGAUUUACAAAGAUUCAAGUACCUUUCUUAAGGGGACUCAGAGCUUAAAUCCACACAAUGAUUAUUGCCAACACUUUGUGGAUACAGGACACAGACCCCAGAACUUCAUCAGAGAUGUAGGCUUAGCAGAUAGGUUUGAAGAAUAUCCAAAACUUAGAGAGCUCAUCAGAUUGAAGGAUGAGCUGAUAUCUAAAUCUAACACUCCUCCCAUGUACUUACAAGCAGACUUGGAAGCUUUUGAUAUUAGAGAACUGAAGUCCAAAUUUGAUGUGAUCCUUCUGGAACCACCACUGGAAGAAUACUACAGAGAGACUGGCAUUACUGCCAACGAAAAAUGCUGGACCUGGGAUGAUAUCAUGAAGCUGGAAAUCGAAGAGAUUGCAGCCCCAAGGUCAUUUGUGUUUCUGUGGUGUGGCUCGGGAGAGGGUCUGGACCUUGGCAGAGUGUGUCUACGCAAAUGGGGUUACAGAAGAUGUGAGGACAUUUGUUGGAUUAAAACCAAUAAAAACAAUCCUGGAAAGACCAAGACUCUAGACCCUAAGGCUGUUUUCCAAAGGACCAAGGAGCACUGCCUCAUGGGCAUUAAAGGAACUGUGCGUCGCAGUACAGAUGGUGACUUCAUCCAUGCUAAUGUUGACAUUGACCUAAUCAUCACAGAAGAGCCUGAAAUUGGCAACAUAGAAAAACCUGUAGAGAUUUUUCACAUCAUUGAGCAUUUCUGCCUUGGACGACGGCGUCUUCAUCUUUUCGGAAGGGACAGUACAAUUCGACCAGGUUGGCUGACUGUAGGACCCACCCUCACAAACAGCAAUUUCAAUGCAGAAACAUAUUCUUCAUACUUCACUGCUCCAAAUUCCCACCUGACUGGCUGUACAGAAGAGAUUGAGAGACUUCGGCCCAAGUCGCCACCACCCAAGUCCAAGUCUGACCGAGGAGGUGGUGCUCCCCGGGGAGGAGGAAGAGGCGGGACUUCAGCAGGCCGAGGAGAAAGGGGCAGAGAGAGGAACAGAACUAAUUUCCGGGGUGAGAGGGGUGGCUUCAGAGGGGGGCGUGGAGGUACCCAUAGGGGUGGCUUCCCCGCACGCUGAUGACUGUUAAGGAAUUACUCCUUCCCCUGGUCCUAUGCCUCGUCUCUGAAUCCCUUUUUCUUAGUCUCGUUUUUGCUAAAGUGAAUUAUUCUGAGGACUCAAGCCAGAUGACUUUUAAAAUUGUUUUUGGUGCAAGCAGUUCCAAAUAUUCUGCCUUCCCAUGACUGGCCUGGCACGUCACCUCACUUGGCAGGCAGGAUCCUGCACUUAAACGGUGCUAAACUGGGCCUCCUGGCGGCUUCCAUUCGUCAAAGCAGAGAGUGCCAUCUCUUCAAACCAUGGAUAGGAUGGAAGUGAAGAUACUUGCUCUUCCCUUCUAAAACUUGCAAGUUGUGGGCUUUUUUUAACUAUAGUUUUCUCCAAAAUGCGGAUUCUUCCUUCUUUGUAGAUCCAAGUAUGGACUGACUUGGAUCAGUAUGACAUAAUGGGCGUGAAAUGCAGUUCUGAGUUGCAUGGCAAUAGCAGACUUAUUCACAGAAGAAGUGCUGUGUCUAUAUUGACACUUAUUUUAACUUCUCUUAAACCAAGGAGCAAAUCGAAUAAAUAGAAUUCUAUUUUUUCCUUAUUUGGCCUAAAUUUUCUGAAUCAUUCAUGGGAAUAGGGAACAAAUAGUCUUUUUUUUUCCUGCUUUUUUCUUCUUCUCUCCCCUUUUCAUUCAUGGAGUAUAUGCACUCACUUUUCCUGUUCAUAGUGGUGAGAGUCGUAAUUCUGCCCAGUCACGUGGUGUGCUUCAUGGAAAGCAAAAACUUAUUGUGCAUUCAUAUCCAGUCCAGAACGUCUACGUAGAUCUGGAUUGUUUCUUUAGCAGGGAUUUUCAUCAAGUGUCUGUUAAUAACCUUGUUCUUUAGGAGGGAAAACCAAUUUUAUUGCAGAACAGUUGCAAUGUAAGUACUAAAAAGACCUCGUUGUAGGCCAUAUUGGAGAUGUAAGGAGGUGUUACAAGAGGGAGUACUUUCUGAAAAACGUAUGGCCUGGAUAAUGAGGGCGCCGUAGUUACAGCUGAGUGUGUUUUGCUUUGCCUGUGGACCGUAUGUGCAUUGGAAAGGGGCUGCUGGUGAUCAGCUCCGCAGCACAGUGUGUCUGAGAAAGUGAUUCACUUUGGUAUGUACAGUAUUGGUUUUUAGAAAAUAACACAACUCUGAACUUCUUGGACAAUACCUGGUAGGCUGAACAAACCUGGCCAUUGAAGUCCCAAAUUCUUAGGUAUGGAUUUCAGAGAAUUGGCUUUUAAGUCUCAUGAUCUUUAUUGGUUGAAGCCUAGCUUUUAUAAAAACUAUCUUGUAAAGUAGUGAAUUAUUAAACUUGUUUAUCAAAGCCAAUAUUGAGAUAUUUUUCUUAACAUUUUGUGGGUUUGCUUUGACUGUUCUUAAAGAAGGCUGUAGAAUGAGUAAGUUUUACUGUAAUUUCCUGUCUACUGUUAUAAAAAAGCAGACGGUAACUGUUCCUUUGGUUUCCUCCUUUAGCACAGAAGUUUGUUUUGUAGGAUCUGGUCAACUUCACAGCCUUUGGUAGUAUUUCUAGCAAGGGACUGGUAAAGAGUAAAUAAAACUCUUGGCUUUGUUUACCUUUUGUUUCUUUUUGUGUUAGAGCUGCAAAGCUGAAGAGUGACUUGAAGUUUGAGGGGGAUGUUUUUAGUGGUAGUACUCAUUUAACUGUCAAUAAAGUUUGCCAGACUACUUGGAGCAACACUUAAUAGGAUGUUAGAAGAAGAAAAUUUCCUGCCUUCUCAAUUUUUACCCUAUUCAUGUUAUUAGUUCAGAAGUAAAUACAACACUUUGAGAAGAGGUGCCAUUUGGGCCAGUGAUAAAACUCUCUUUUUAUUUUCCUCAACUAGUAGAUUCCAUCUCCCUUCUUUUAACUCUCCGUCCAUAGCUGAUAAUCUAGUGCUUAGACUACUGUUCAAAUAGAAGAUUGAGUCUGCUUUUCAGUGUAACCUAAACAUAACUGGUUGAGAUGUGCAUCUGUUCUAGGGUUGCGGAAGUCACGAUGCUGCUUGAGACUUCAUUAAAAUGAAAAUGUGAAAUUAAUUGCAGAUGGUCUUGUAAAUAAUCCAUCCUAUUUGAACUUGCAGAGGAAGUUAUGUUUCUGGAUUUUCCCUUAAAGCUGAAAUAGCUAAAAUAGUGUAAGGAAAAAAAAAUACUGCUAGGGGCAGUGUUAGAGUGUACCUAUCUUUGGAUGGGCCAGCUCCCCAAAAGGUCGGAGGAAGUGAAAUGGUAACAAAGAGCUUGCCUUACUCUUUUUAAUUGAGGUUAACUGACAAGGAAAUAGAACUUUUGAAAUGUCAGCUAUGAAGAAAAGAUACCUGCUGGUGAUGUUCUAAAGCUGCUGUUUUGAUAAUAAUUUGGAGCACAUUGCCUAUAGGGGUAACUCAGUAGUACAUAGGCGUGUGUACCUAAAGGCUUGGUGCAGCAUACUUGUGGUUGUGGAGAUGAUGGAAAUGAUGCUCACAAAAUACUGUAGUGAGACUGUAUAUUUUUUCCCACAUUGAGCAAUAAAAACAUCCAGUCACUUUUUUAA